AUAAACAAAGAGCCUUGUGGUUCACUGCGCUGGAACUGUUUCCUCAUCGGGGGAUUAAGGGACGCGAUCUGGCAACCCAUGUUGCCUUCAAACGCUCAUCUCCGCACGAAGCUGCUGGAAGUUUGAGACUCUUUGCUUGAGUUGAAACACCAAACUGACCAUGGCAGGAAAGAGAGCCUUGGUGAUUCUGUCUAAAGGUGCAGAAGAGAUGGAAACUGUGAUUCCUGUGGACGUCAUGCGCAGAGCCGGGAUCUCAGUGACUGUUGCAGGUCUGACAGGAAAAGAUCCAGUCCAGUGCAGCAGAAAUGUUGUCAUCUGUCCUGAUGCGAGUCUGGAGGAAGCCAGCAAACAGGGUCCUUAUGAUGUGGUGCUUCUACCAGGAGGAAUGCCAGGGGCCCAGAAUCUGGCAGAGUCUCCUGCUGUGAAGGAGGUGUUAAAGGAGCAAGAUGGCAGAAAAGGCCUGAUUGCAGCCAUCUGUGCAGGUCCAACCGCUCUCCUAGCUCAUGGCAUUGGUUACGGCAGCACAGUCACCACGCAUCCUGGCAUGAAGGAGAAGAUGAUGGCUGGAGAUCACUAUAAAUAUUCAGAGGCUCGAGUGCAAAAGGAUGGGCAUUACAUCACCAGCCGUGGGCCAGGAACCAGUUUUGAGUUUGCCCUGACGAUCGUAGAAGAGCUGAUGGGGGCUGAAGUUGCAGCUCAAGUCAAAGCUCCUCUUAUUCUGAAAGACUAACUGCAGCCAUGUUCCAUCACCACUGGAGAAACUGGCACCUAGUUAAAUCUCACAAUAUUGCUUCCUUUGCAUGAGAUAAAGUCAUGGCUGCAAAUAAAGAGGAAUUUAUCACUGGCUAGUUGCCACAAAUGACUUCCAUAGGAUUUAACUGCAUUUCCCUGUUUGGUUUAUAAUCUAAAUAGCUUCCUCUUGUUCUUGACGGCUCUCAUUGUGCAACCUGACAUUAAAAGCAUAAGUGUGAAGA